AGCUGUAUUUUUUCUCUCCAUUCAGCUUUUGUCACUUGGGAUUAAAAAGCACCAAUGUAUCAAUUAAACAACGCCAGCGUUUUGUUAUCCCACAGAAGCCUUUCCUGUUCCCUGCAGUGCUACAGAUGUCAGUGAGGUCUAUAUUUAUUCAGACGCAGGACACUCCAAAUCCAAACAGCUUGAAGUUUAUUCCAGGAAAGCCAGUCCUGGAAUCCAGAACGAUGGAAUUCCUAUCGCCUGCUUCCACCUACUGCUCUCCUUUAGCAAGACAGCUCUUUCGGAUUGAAGGAGUUAAAAGUGUAUUUUUUGGAACAGACUUCAUCACCGUCACAAAGGAGAGCGAGGAUGUGGACUGGAACUUGAUAAAGCCUGACAUCUAUGCAACUAUUAUGGAUUUCUAUGCUUCAGGCUUGCCCGUUGUUACAGAGGAGGUUCCUCGCACAGACACAGCUCCAUCUGAAGAAGAUGAUGAAGUCGUAUUAAUGAUAAAGGAGCUGCUGGAUACCAGAAUCAGGCCAACAGUCCAGGAAGACGGCGGAGAUGUCAUCUUCAAGGGUUUUGAAGAUGGGAUUGUGCAGUUAAAACUGCAGGGUUCCUGCACCAGUUGCCCCAGUUCCAUUGUCACAUUAAAGAAUGGAAUACAAAACAUGCUGCAGUUCUAUAUUCCAGAGGUCGAGGGUGUGGAACAGGUUGCGGAUGAUAAUGAAGAAAAAGAACUGAAGUCCACCUGAAUCGGGAAGAGCCCUGGCCCGUGAGCAGAAAUUAUGUGCCCGGUGGGUUUGUCUAAAUUGGACACUUCGUACAGAAGAAAAAGAUUGCAGUUUCUUCAUUGGGCUGAUUCUAUCUUGGCUUCAUGAUAUAAGGAAACAGUAAUAUUGAAAGAGUUGUCCAUGUCUGCUUUACAUGAACAAAAAGAGGAAAAGGCACAGAGUUCAAAUGUUCUUAACAUUUUAUAAAAUAUUUUCUUUCUCCCUUGGAUUUAAAUAUUGUCUCAAGAAUCUACAAUUAUCUUCCUGAGUAUCAGUCAUCUAUUUAUUUAGCAGGCUUUCUGUCUUUCAGGCUAUAAACUAGUCACUUGCUGGAGAUGGUUUGGUCAUAAAAUAUUGCAUUUUUCUUAACCUUUUCCCCUGCUACUUUGAUUCCAAGAAUAUUUUUUUUAAUUGUGCUCCCAUCAAAAGGUUUAAGUUUGUAGUUUUUUUUUUUUAAUGACUGCAGGUUCAAUAAAAUAUUAUCAAUGCCUCUGUCAGUUCUCUUGCAUAGAAAUUUGGAACAUUUAAAUAAUACUUUGUUCCAGUAUUCAGUAGAUCUCACUACACUUCUCAGUAAUCUCAGGAGAACCAAAAUUUCUUUUAAGAGUUGGAAAUGAGGGACUGCUUUUUUUUUUUUUUU